AUGCGCUCGCUAUCUCAUCUUCUGUUUGUGCGGGCGGGCAGCGUUUCGAAGGGCGGGAUUCGAUUUUUCGCCUCCACGGCCCCGCACGCGCAGACGCGCGGUGGUAGGGAGCGCGCCUUUCGCGGCCGAACGAAUUUAUCCACCUCCUCCCACACCCCUCGCGGGGGUGGAGGGGGAAAUGGAAGAGGCGAUCGCGCAAGAGAAGGAGGAGGCGGAGGAGGGGGCCAUCGUCCGGAGGCGGAGUCGAUUUACCCGGUGCGGUGGAACCUCACGCACGACGGCGUCCUCAGCUCCGGCACGCGCGACGCGAUGCGGGAUGACGAGGUCAUCCUCGCGCAGCUCUUCCGUUUUCUCCCCUCCAACGGCGCGAUCUCCGUCAAGUCCCUCAACGCGCAGCUCGAGGAGGAGGUGCGGGAGGCGUUGACUGAAAAACACGGCGGCCUCGGCGCGUUUCUCCGCGCGCGGCGGCAUCUUUUCGUGGUGAAACCGCGCCCGACGGAUGGGGUGUUGUUUGUCGCCGCGAGCCCUCUCGCCGCGCAGCGCUACGCGGUGCGAAAUUUGCAGCGCGCCACGAUGCGAGAGAUGCUCGGGCUCGAUCGAGUAAGCGGUGGAUCUCGCCGAGGACCCCCUGCCGGAAGAGGCGGCGCAAAUGAACGCGGAAGAGGGCGAGGAAGAGGAGGCGGAAGGGGGUUUGGAAGAGGACGCGGAAGAGAGGGCGGGGGAAGGGAAGCGCGCGAGGGAGUUUCGGAGCAGCGCGGGGAGGACCGCCCGAUGAGUGGAUUCGGACGUCGGGGAGGGGAGGGUGGGCGUGGCGGGAUGAUGGGCGCACGGGAUCGCAACUUUGGAUCUGGAAACCGCUGA